CCGCGGCCCGCGCCCCGGCCCCGCCUCCUCCUGCACCGACCUCGGCCGCCACCGUCGCUGUCGCCGCCGAGGGUCGCGGCGCUGCCUGCGGGCGGGGAGCGGGCGCCCCGGGCCGCGCCGGAAGCUGAGAGCGGAGGCUGAGCCCGGGAUGGCGCGCCAGGUGUACACCUGGAGACAUGGGCUGGGUCGCCAAGUUGACAGCUCGGCUAGCCUCGCUGGGAUGGAACUAGCCAACUCCCCUGAGGUUGUGCCCACAGGUGUCCAUCGCCUUCCAGGACCUGGCCGUGCGGUUCUCCGAGGAGGAGUGGCGGCUCCUGGGGGAGGGGCAGAGGGCGCUGUACCAGGACGUGAUGCGGGAGAACUAUGAGACGCUGGUCUCCCUGGGGACAGCUGAGCUGCUCCCCCUCUCUGCCUUCCUGUCCCCCACGGAGCCUGGAGGAGCCCUGGGGGGCGGGAGCAGUGCUGAGGAGGGGCAGGAGCCUCCUGGGGAAGGCCCCCCGGGAGGAGGGCCCCAGCACAGCCUGCACCUCACCGCCCUGGUGCAGCUGGUGAAGGAAAUCCCAGAGUUCCUGUUCGGGGAAGUCAGCCCCGAGAGCGGGGGCACCAGCCUGGAUGGGGAACGGGCCAGCCCCGAGGCAGCCAUGGCUGUGGAGACCUGCCCUCUCCGAGGCCUGCUCGGCUGCCGUCUGGACACGCCCUUCAGCCGGCCCAGCCUGGCCAGCACGCCCAGCAGCAGCUCAUCAUCCAGUGGCCCGUCCAGAGCCAGGGGGCAGGGAAGCCCUCUCCCCCUCAAAACUGCUGACAAACGGAGGCCAGAAGAGGAGGAAGGUCUAGGACCCCCUGGCGGGGAGCCCAGCCCUCCCACCUGUAGCCCUGGCAGGAAGAAGAGCCACAGAAAACAGGAGACAGCGACCACAGGGACAGGUGCCACAGGAGUCUCUCCUGGGAACAGCCCCUUGCAAGGCCUCAUCAACUGCCUGAAGGACAUCCUUGUGCCUGGGCCCCAGCAUCCUGAGGUGUCCCCGAGCUUACUGCCUCCUGUCCCUGGCCUGGGCGCAUCACAGCUAACCAGGGCAGAGCUGGGGCCUAGGAGCCUGCUCUGGGGAGUGAAGACAGAGGCAGCUUCCGGAGAUUGUCCUCUCCAGGGUCUGCUGAAGUGUCUGAAGGAGAUCCCAGAGGCCCAGCUCAGGCAUCCCAGCCCCUCAGGAGUCGGGGACCCUCAGCUGCAGGAGGACCCAGGGGCCCAGAAAGGGAGUUCUGGAGGGCCCAGACCCUUCCAGAAGCCUCCUCCCAGCCCUGGUCCUGGAGCGGGCAGCGUGCUCUCUGUGGUGAAGGUGGAGGACGACUGGGCCCAGGGCCCCCCAGUGCCUGCAUCCUGUCAGCUCAGCAAGCGGACACACAGCCCUGCUGCCACUGGUAGCCCAGGGGGCGAUGGAGACAUCAGAGGGCUCCGAGUGCCCAGCUGGCGCCCUGCGGCUCAAGCCGGCAGUGCCUCAAGCCCAGCCCUGGAAGCCCUGGAGGCCUGUCUGAAGGGCGUUCCCCUGAGCGGGUCGUUACCUCCCCAGCCGCCGGCUACCUCUUGGUCCCGGAGCCCCCAGCCAGGAGACCCCGGGUCUCAGAGGCCCAAGCUGCAGCCCCUUGGAUUACACAGCAAAGAGGUGACCGUGGGGCCUCUUCUGGCUCUGGGCCUGCAGGAUUGUGUGAGAGACAGUCCUGCCCUCCCCUCAGGCUCCCAUGGCACCCCUACCAGCUUCUCCUCGUCCAGCAGCACCGAUGAGGACCUGGAUUUCCAGAGCCCUGAGGGCAGCCAGGGACGUCCGCCUGGAAAAGGAAGCCCCGUGGGAAGCUCCCCGCUCCAGGGCCUGGAGAACUGCCUCAGAGAGAUACCUGUGCCCGGGCCUCAGCCUGUCUGGUCCUGGUCCUCGGCAGGGGACAGGGGGCCACGGAGAGCAGAGCCCAAGAACUGGACGGCAGACACGGGAGGGCUGAGGGGCGAGGCCUGUGAGCCAGCCCGUCUGGGACAGCAUGGUGGGGGAGCGCCCACCAGGAGUGUCCGGCUGGCCAGCCCACAUGUGCUCGCCUCUAGUAGCAUCCCCGCCUGCUGUCAGCGAGGGCCCAAAGACCACGGAGACACCAGGCCAGGACCGGGGAGGUGGCUCCAAGAUGGAGCGGCCACCAAGCCCUCCCCGCUCCACUGCCUGGAGAACUCUCUGAAGGGGAUCUUGCCUGGGAGGCCCCUGCGCUUCGCCUGCUUGGCUGGCCCCAGCCCUGGCCCUAGCCCCAGCCCCAGCCCCGGCUCCAGCUCCAGCUCGAGCUUCAGCAGCUCAGAGGGAGAAUACCCGAGGCUGGAGCCUGGGCUCUGGCGGCCGCUCCUGCAGGAGAGGGGCCGCCUUCCCAGCUGCAAGGGUCCUGGCCCUCCAUCCCCGCGCCCUAGCGGCCCCCACACUGACUGCAGCCCUGGUGAAGUUCCAAGGAGAGCAGAGCCUGGGGACCCUGGCGGUCUCAGUGCAGCAGGAAAAGCAGAAGAGAAGACAGGAUGCAGGUCCCAGUCGCCCUGGAGAGAAGUGUGUUUGGAGACCCCGGGCCAGCCUGGCCCCCUGGGCAGUGCCAGAGGAGAGGCUGCUGUGAAUCCUGGCCCUGCCGCUUGGCUAGAGAGAAGGCCUGGGCUGGGGCCCUGCCAGCCUCCUGGGUCAGUCCCCAGGUCCCUGUCCUGGAAGCCCAAGGUUGGUGAAGAAUCCAGGGGCCUGGGGCCUGGAAAUGGAAGACCAAGUGUUGCAGCAAGGAUCGACGGGAGACCGCUUCCCAGAGGCCUGCCUGAGCCACGCCCUGCGGCCCCUGUCCCUCUGGCUUUGCCACUUGCCUCCCCACGGCCGCCGUGCCCCUGUGGGAGUUCCCUGCAGCAGGAGCUCCGAAGCCUCAGCGCCGCCCUCUCAGAGAAGCUGGAUCGGCUCGCCGCAGCCCUGGCAGGCCUGUCUCAGGAAGUGGCCACCAUGAGGACCCAGGUGGAUCGGCUGGGGAGGCACCCUUGGGGCCCGGGGCCAAAGGGCCAGGCUUCCUGGCCGUGGGCCCUCCCCCGGGGGCCUCGCUGGGCUAAUGGUCCUGCUCACAGACACCUGCCCUACUGGAGACAGAAGGGCCCCAGCAGGCCGAAACCAAAGGUUCUGCGCGGCCAGGCGGACGGCUGCAGGGCUGGCAACUCCUCAGGCCUCUCCAGCAGGAGGCUCUGCCCGGUGCCUCCACUGCCUCCAGACGCCCCCCCAGCAGAACCUUCUGGGCCCAAUUCUAGCCCUUCGCAGCAGCCACUCUCCUCAGCAUGUAGCUGCUGCCCUGUGCUAACUGUGCACGCCCCCCUCGGAUACACUGGGGGCCACCAGACCCCCCCGCCCCCUUCAGUGCCUGCUGGCUUAGCCCCCCAGACCGCCUCUCCUGCAACCAGCGCAGACACACGGCCACUGGCUGCAGCAGCUGCACCAGCUGGGUCCCUGAACCGGCCUAAGGCUCCAAACAGCCUGUUGGCGGGGGUCCACAGAACCCUGCAUGAGGAACUGUGGGGUGGGGAACAUAGGGACCCAAGGUGGGGAGCCCCUAACCGCCUUCUUCACCAGCUCAGGCCUGCUCAGGAUGCCCCGCCCCUGGCCCCCUCUCCUCAGCGCAGUCCCGCCCCCUCACCCUGCUCCAGCAGAACCUUCCCCAUUUCUGGGCCAUGAGAGGGCUGGGAGUUCUGCCACUGGCCUGACCGCCCCCCUCCAGGUUGCUGUUUGCUCAGGGAGGCCGCCAUUUGGGGUCCAUCCUUCAGCCAUGCCGCUGGCCUUGCCUCAGGUUCAUUCAGAUGUUGGCCCCCUACUUCCCACCAGAACUGCCACAGCUGGUAGGCGUGUGGCGUGCAUACACGCGUGUGUACACAACGUGUGCCCGGGGCGCUCUGAGCAGCUGCAAAAGGGCCACGAGAGCCCCUCCUAACAUCUGCCCCUGGUCUCAGCGCUGAGGGGGCAUGGCUCUUGCCUCCCUGGUAACUGUGGGAGGUUUCCUUUGCGGGGAACUCUGCCCCGCGGUCUAAGCUGGGUUUACCUGUGUGGAUUCCAAAUGAAAGCAGUUGGUUGCUGAGGGAAAGGCCCUUGGUCCCUACAGAAAGCUCAGGGGGCCACACUGGGGCGUGGCUGAUUGGUUAUGCUGCCAGUACUGGGGACGAGUCUGCCUUCCCGACACCAUGGAGAGGAUUCGGCAGUCUCCCGUAAGGCUGGGGGAUCAGCUGCGGGAUGGAAUCUCCAUGUGACUCCUCAGGAGAGAGUGGCGCACAUUGUGUUGUGGUGGCACGUUGGGCCACCGUGACAAAGUACCACAGACGUUUACCCUCACUGUCCUGGAGGCCAGAAGUCCAAAGUGUCGGCGGGGUUGGUUCCUACUGAGGCUGCAAGGGAGCAUCUGUUCCGGGCCUGUCUCCUCGGCUUGUCAGUGACCGUCUUCAUGUUCACGUGGCAUUCUCCCUGUAUGCAUCUCCAGAUUUCCGCUUUGUAUAAGAACACCGGUCAUUUGGACUAGGGUCACCCUAAUGCUCUUACUUUAGAUUACUUGUGUAAAGAUCCUGUCUCCAAAUAAGGUCACAUUGUGAGGUCCUGCGGGUUAGGACCCUGACAUAUGAACUUGGGGUGGGGCACAGUUCAACUCAUAACACAUACGAGGGACUGGGCUAGCCUUCUUGGGUUCGUCUUGGGAGGAGAGGGUGUGACCAAAGUGUCACUAGGCCUGUUUCUUUCCUGGUGGCCAGAACGGCCUGCUCUGGGCCCUGCCCCUCAGAUGGCACUGGCAGUGUGUCCAGAACAGCCUGCUUAUUGCCUGCCCACCUGGUUUCCUUCCCCUGGGUCAGAGCUUUUCUGCCAAGUUAUGUUCCCACCUCGGUGCCUGCUUGAUUUGGGGGAUCUUCAGGACUGUCUGUGUACACGUGUUGUCUGGGAAAGACCGGCCUGGCAUCAGCGGGCACAGUCAGCUCUCCUGUCAGGGAACUGGGGUGGCAGUGCCAAGGUCUCAGCCACCUAGGGGCCCAGAAGGGGCUGGAGCCACGAUGGCUGCAGAAGCAGCGCCUUAUGGCUGCUGUGCCCCAUGUACCCCUAACGUCAGGGUCUUUGGGGACACACACAGGGCCCGGCCUGUGCCCUUCGCUGCAGCAGGCUACUGACACAGACCGUCACCAAGAGGGGGCGUUAAAAUGUUUUCAGGACUGGAGUAAGUCCCAAGAUGAGUCUUGGAAGCUAAUGUGUAUAAGAUCAUACAAGUAGGACAUUUAAGAUAAGCAGUCUUCAUGUCUGGCCGUACUUGAUAGAGAAUAAGGACAGGAAAGUUCUAGGCUUUCCACUGGUGGAGACCUCAGGAAGUGAGUCCAGCUCCUUUUCAAGCUGUGCAGGAAGCGCAACUGGGCAUGUUUCAGAGCCAGUAGAAAGGGUAGGACAGGCCUCUGGGACGAGAGGGAAGGCGGGUGCCUCCCCGGUGUGCAGGGGCCCUGGUGUGAGGAGGAGAGCUCUGUCCACCCGUGCUCAGCUCCUCCUCCCAUCCUGCCCCGGCUGGCCCGCCUUCUCCGCUCUUCUCGCCUUUCUCAGCCAGGGUAACAGGAGGUGGACUGCCACCUACCUUGUGUGGCUUUUUAAGGUUUUGUUUUGUGGAAUUUACAAAUAUCAGCCAUCACACAAACCCCAUGCAGCAGGCAUUCAGGAGCAAACGAGCUCGGAGGGUGUACGUAACUUGCACA